AACAAAGCAGUCCCUGCCAAUUGAAAAUUUACCGCCAAUAACUGCGCAGAAGAAAAAACGAGAAAAAACGAAGAGGAAACAAUAACUACUCCACUUUCGUGACGCCAAAGACUCUCUUCACGCGAGGAGUUGCGUCUUUUAAAAAAAAUCCUGGAUGGCUACGAUGGCUUCCGACGACGAAGCUGCUCCUGAACUGCUUGAAAGCGAGGACGAAGGAGAGUCUGGCGCAGAAAGUUUCCUCACGGAGGACGAACUAGCUUACGACGAGGGGCUCGAUCCAGCGGAAGAUUAUGAUGAUCAACAGGAUGGGCACACAGAGCCUUGCACCUCUGGUGAAGAAGAUGCCAACCACUCUGCUUAUUGUGAAGAAGACGGUUCUUCACUCAGUGUAACGAGAGGCCAUAAAAGAAAAAGAUCUCCACAUUCAACAGCCAAAUCCUGGAAAACAGAGAACGAUCCAGACAUUUGUCCGCCGCCUAACAGGUUCGUCCCAGCCCGACCACCCGGACAUCAAUUGAAUUCAAACAACAAACACAUGCCGCUGGACCUCUUCAAGCUGUUUCUCAGCAAUGAAGCCAUUUCAACUCUUUGUGAGAACACAAACAAACAAGCAGCCAAAAACAUUGGAAAAGGCAAAAAGUAUUCAUGGACUGACCUCGACGUCCCAGAGUUCCUAAAUUAUGUCGGACUCACUUUCUUCUUUUCACUGGUGAAACUGGAUAACAUCUGUGACUACUGGAAAAAGAACACGAUAUUCAGUGUGCUGUUUCCGGCUGACGUCAUGUCACAGGACAGGUAUCGGGUGAUAUCUUGGAACAUCCACAUGAGUGAUCCCGAGGAAGAUGUUGAGAAUGACAGGCAGAAGGGAACGCCGCAAUACGACCAUCUGUUUCGAUUGAACCCCCUAAUGGACACCAUCAAACACGCCUGCAAUACGUUUUACCACCCUAGGCAGAAGCUUCUGAUUGAUGAGAGGACAAUAGUGAGGAAGAACCACGCUGGAAUGAUUCAGAAAGGGGCAGCAAAACCAAACAAGUUGGGUUUCAAACUCUUUGUUCUGUCUGACAGCAGCAACGGUUACAUCUUGGACUUUGCUGUGUACACUGGAAAGUCACGGUUUGAGUCAGGCACUGGGCUUGCAUACGACUCUGUUAUGACCCUGAUAAAGUCUGCACACCUGGGCAGUGGUUAUAACCUGUUUCUGGACAGUUUCUACACCAGUCCAAAACUCUUUAAAGACCUGCUGAGCCUCAAUGUUGGAGCGUGUGGAACAUACAGAGACAACAGGAGAGGCUGCCCAACCACACAUUCAAAUGCUCUGACAAAAAAGGAUCCCAAAGGCACCCUGAGGUGGAUCCGCGAACCUCCUGUGGUUUAUGUGAAGUGGAAGGACUUCUGUGAGGUCAGCAUCUGCUCUACAGUCCACCAGGCGUUCUCUGGACACACCGUGGAGAGGAGAGUGAAAAGUGAGGAUGGCAAGUCGACCGUCGGAUUCAUUCCAUGCCCGACACCUGUCAUGGAAUAUAACAAGUACAUGGGAGGUGCUGAUAUGUUAGAACAGUUGACACAAUCCUACUCUGUACACCACAAAACAUCACGCUGGUACCGUUUACUGUUCUUGCACUUCCUGGAGAUUGCAGCCACCAACAGCUUCCUGCUUCACAAGGAGCUCUGCAGAGAGAAACACGAGGAACCCAUGACUCACAGGGCCUUCCUGGAGGAGCUGACUGCCCAGCUGUGUGGCGUAACAGUCGCCGUCCCCCCUACCAAAGGCCCGAGUGGCCACCUCCCCGUGCCGAUCUCCAACCAACCCGAUGCAAGCAAGAGGGCCUCGUACGGACGAAGGACCUGCGUGCAGUGCAGGCUGAUAAAGAAGGAAUAUCAGUCUACCCCCUGGAAGUGUAGGGAGUGCGAUGUGGCCCUGUGUCUUAUUGCAGACAGGAACUGCUUCGAGGCGUGGCACGAAUAAUGUCGAGAUUAAAAAAAAAAGCAGGAAGGAAGGACUUAUGUGAAAUCAGUGUAAACAGUUAUUUCUCUGUUUCUUGGAUUGCUUUUUUACCCUUAAAAAACAACUCACGUUCUUUAAUUUUGUGUUCUGAAAUAAAGUUUUCUCACUUUCAGUA